AUGUCCUUAGAACGAAUGAGAAAGAGUCUUCAAAUAAUCUUUGGAAUUGAUAGGAAUACAACGACUAAAGAACCGUUAAUUCAAGAGAGAAUUUAACAAGAAUUUGUGUUUGAUUCCAAAAUGAAUGAAUAACAUCCAAAUAAAUUCUCAAUGAUGAAUCAAUAAAGGAAGAGAUCUAAUUAAUAUUAUUAUGCUUUAGAUAGAUUACGGACAUUUUAUUAAAAUAAAGCCUAAUCUAAUGAAUAUGAACAAAUUCCUGUCAUAACAUAUCUCGGAGAUAAUACAGAAGUAAUUGGGUUAUUUCAAGUAAUAGAAAAAAUUAAAUUUGAAUAUGAAUCAUGCUAGAUGGAAUUAGUAAGAUCGAUUUCAAGAUAAUGACAGCUCCAAUUAUAGUUCAUAAUUUGGUGAAAAAUUAGUUCAAAAAAGUUCUAAUAUUUUGGCUAGCGUGAGCAAACAGGAUUUUAAGCCUUACUAUGUGCAAGAGCAAUAUCGAGAUAAUAGUAAUAACUAAUAAUAAUAAUCGAUAUCUUAAUAGCAUCAAAAUAAUAUGUAGUAGUCUCAAAAACAAUAAACAAUUUUUGGCGGAAACAGGUCCAAAGUUCAUUUUUUCAGGGAAGACAAAUAAUCAAGAUCUAAAAGCAGUAAACCAGAAUCUAACUUUAAAAGAUUAGGGGGAAUAUUAGAAGAUGACUUUUUAAUUCCUUCUUUUUUAAAAGACCAAGAUGCUCAAGAUAAAAAGUUGAACCAAAAAGAGGUUUAAUCUAAUAAUAAGUUUAUAGGAAUUUAACCAUAUAAUACUUCCACUUUAAAUAAAAUCAAUAAUGCAGAAUCUUAAAUAUAAUUAAGUGGAUUUCAGCAAGAUUUUAAUGAUUUUCAUGCUGUAAAUCAAGCAGAUAAAUUGAGAGAAAAUGAUCAAAUUAGUAGAAAACCAAUAACACAUAAAAAAUCUAAUUAAAUUAAGUUUUGGGAAAAAGAUCCAAAUAAUGAGAAAAAUCCCUUCAUUAUUUAAACAGAUGAGACACCUCAUUGGGAAAGUAGGUUUAAACCUCCUUGGCAAAUUUCAAACCCAAUGUAAAGUGUCUACAAUGAGUUUGAGGCUUUUGAUAAAUCUGAAAAUCUAUCAGCCAAAGAUUAUGAAUAACAAUAAGAAAUUCAAGAACUAAAAUCAUAGGCUUCUUUUGAAUAGCAAGUAAAUGUUUCUUUUGGGGGUUGCGAUAUCAAUUUAUCAGAUGAUCAUAAGGAUGAAUCUAUUGAAAGAAAACCUCCUAAGGGCUCCUUAAUUUUUGACACUUUUGUAAAUCCGAAGUUUAAUUUUGAAAAUCAAACUCCACUAUCAAAGGAAAAAGCUAUUAACAUAUAAAAACUUUAAGAUUUUUCAGAAUAAACACCCGUGUUUAAAUAACAAGAAGAAAAUAAAUAAACUUUUAACUAAUAAAAAAAUAAUAAAUUUCAAGGUGAACAAUAACUUAUAAUGAUGAAUAAAAAUGGUAAGGAAGAUAUUUAAAAAAAUCUGGCAAAUGA